CUUUUAGGAUCUUUUAGAACAAGCUUGAUACAUUCGCCAGACAUGUCCAAAGCCCGAAGUCGCAACAGUUUGCUUUCGUCAAGCAAUCGGGCUCAGUUUGGCAAUUCCACUCAGGAUGAGCUUCUCAAGCUCAAAUUUCUGAUGGAAAAGCCCGAUAUCGGUUUGUAUCCACUUAACGACCUAGACAAUGGGGUUGACCUUAAUGGAGACAAUCUGCGAUCCCAACACACUGCCGGUUCGGGCGUUUUGAGUGGCAACGAAGUCACGUAUCCAGAUUAUAAGCCCUGGAAGGAUCAUACAGCCUUGCCCAACGACAAGAAGGAACAAGAGCACCAAAAGUUGAACAAUGCAGCCUAUCUAAACAAGGGAUAUUUUGAGACUCCCGUUGUAGCUAAUGAGUAUUACUCGGCUCGGAAUUUGAUCCAAGCAACGGUUUUUUCGUCCACAGAAAACUGUAAUGAGGUCCUCAAAGAACUUUCCCAGCAUUUGGCCAAUGCAUACAAGACCAGGAACGAAAUCAUCAACAAAAUCAAAUACGAGUCCAACAAUUUCAAGAUCCCACCAAGAGUAACAUUAACAGCCUCUAAGAAGGAAUCUUGGUUGAAAGAUCUUGCCAAUCCUGAUUUGGCUUUGCUGAAGAUCGCAGAGAAAAUCCCCCACGGUAUCAGAAACAAGAUUCUUAUUGAUGCCGUUUGCAACAAAUCUGUUCCAAUAAACAGAGCCUUGUGGUUCACUAAGUGUGUGCUAUUUGGGGAACUAGUUGCUUUAAGAAGAAAACACCAGUCACGAAUGUCUCUCAACAGUCCUAUUCCGCAGUCUCUUGACAUAAACACACCUGAAAAGUUCGAGAUCCAUUGGCUUCAAGAAUGGACUCAGCAGGUAGCCGACUACAUCUACAAAUUUUCCAAAGAACUGCUGAACUUCAAUACGAUUGAGCGGAAGCAGUAUUAUAUGAACAAAAUGACCUACUUGCUAACGUAUAUCCAGGCAUUGUAUGUAGAGUUCUUGCUUGACAAGAGUUUCUUCUUAGCUCUCAUAAUCAAAUUUCUAAAGGAGGGACUUCCUUUGGAUCCGCUUCAUGUAUCAGAAUUGCUAUCCCUGACAAGAUCAGAAACUGACGACCUUAUCCAAGAGUCUUGGAUUGAAGACCUAGACUUAAACUAUGGUCAGAGACUAUUUGCAUUAACCCUUAUCAAAAUCUUCUGGAACGAUAUCCUCAAGUUUGAUUAUAUCUGCAAGGAAUUAAGCGAGACAUUGCUCUUGAACUAUCUCUUCAUUCUGAAGAUCAAUGCCUAUUCAUUCAAACAGUCGCAUGUUCAAAAUCACAAGGCGUCCAUUCCAGAGCCCUUGCGUCAAAAGAUUCUCGACAUGAUUGGGGACACUAUAACCUACCUCUUCAAGUUUAAUACCAAUGUCUUUAUAAUACCGAACUACUGGAUGCUUAUCAAUGGAGUUCUCUUCACCAUUUUGCUCAACAAGAAUGUGACCAAGACAGAAGGCGAACUUGAUGAAAUACUGAAACAGUUCGAUUUGAUCAAGUACAGAAAUGAAAGUUUGAUCUUGAACAUGAGAAACGUACAACCUUCUAUAACAGACAGAGCAACUCCUAAUUCUGCUGGAAGAAGAGGGUCCUCAAUAUGGAACCAAUCCUUCGUAUCAGCUGCCGAAUCGACUGCCACCAAAAUUGAUAUUUUUGACAAUGAAGCCACAUUUAUAAACCGAAGUUCAGAUGAUAUCUUGAAGAUUAUAAGUCAAUUGGAUUCGUUAAAAUUGAACGAUGAGCUUGCCAACUUCUUGAAACCAGUUACUUCUUCCUCGGCUUUGACAUCUACUGCAAUAAAAGGUUGUCCUAAAUGGAGGACAAAUCUAAAGGUUGUACUUUAUUGGUGUAUUACCAGACAUCGCAACUCCAGAGAAUCCAGUGAAGACAUUCUCAUUAUUUGUAAUUUCCUCAAAAGAAAGGUAUUGCAAACUCUUGGCCCAACUCGGAGUUCUAGUCAGUUGAAGGCAGAAUUUGAGAGUGAAAUAUUGGACAUAAUCUAUAAUAUUGCCGACACCAACUCCUCGAAGGUAGUGAAUUAUGACCUUUAUGUUUUGAUCAAUGAGCUUUAUCAACUUAAAGUUCUUACCAUUGCAUCUUACUUAAGAAAAUUGAUUGCUUCAGGUAUAUUUUAUGUUGCUCCAGAUGCCGAAGACAAUAUCCUUAAUGACAAUUCGAACCUGCUUGUCAAGACGCAUCUUUCUAUUCUUCAGAACUUGCCAGUAAUUAACAAUAGGCAAUGUGACAGCAUUCUCAAGAAAUGGACUUCCACUGGGUUCAACUUCAAAGAAAAGUUUGAGAUGGGACAGGAGAUCUUGAAAAGAGAGCUCAUAGACAGAAUUGUCAACAACACCUUUGAUGACCAGUUCGAGUCGCAUAUUGUUUAUGUCAAAGAUCUUAAUGUUGGAUUGAAGUUCUUGCUAGUUAACUGGGUUACUAAUGAACUAAAGUCAGCUAUAACAGAAUCCCCAAAGUUGAUACACAUAAACCCAUUGAUCAUCAGCAAUCUUUUUAACUUCUACUCUAUCUGCGAUAAUUUGACCGUUUUUUUCAAAGUAUUGGUUAAGUUCAUUUUGAAGAAUGAAGGAGGAAUGAUAAUUUUCUAUUUGGAAUCACUCUACUUGAUUGCCAGAUUGAUCAUAAAGCAUUUCAAACUAGUCAAAUUCAUUGCAGGCAAUAGCUACGGCUCAAAUUCGACUGCCUACGAGCUAUUCAAAUUGAUAAUUCAGAAUUAUAAGGAUUGCAAGACAAGAGAGUUUGAUUACUUCAAAUUUGACCAAGUAUGGAACUUUAUCGACACUGCUGUAGAGAGUAAUUAUCUGUCAGACAAAAAUACCGACUCUCGUUCUAGCGGGAAAAGAAGUGGCAUAUUCAACAAGGAACAGUUUGAUUCUCCAAUGAAGAUCAAUACGCUGGAAAAUGUUAUUGCGAAAAUGGAAGAUAGAUAUACGUCAGCCGAUUUUAGAAAUGAUCUCGACUUGCUUCUCGAGUCCACAUUUCAACCUAUGGAUAGUAAUGAAGUCAGUGAAGUUGUGGCUACGUUGAAGUUGGAGUUUGAAGAAAACGAAAUGAAAUCGCACCGGAAUGUUGUACCGAAAGUAUUGGAUUUGUUGAAGUCAAACCUCACAGAAGAGUCGGAGGGCCUUGCUGCGAAACUCUUGAUUAAUUCACAAUAUCUAAUUAAAAGCGAUGAUGUCAAUGCAUUUGACAAACUAGUUCAGGAUUAUAUUUUAGAAUUGGUAAAGUCAGAUAUGGAGAUCCUUUUAGUUGCAAAGUUCUUGAAGAAAUUGAUCGUUCAUGAGAUUAUCCGGAUCAAUGAUCUUUUUGCAUUCUUCGAACCAAUUGCUGAAGACCCUGCUUUCAGAGUCAAAUUGAAGGCUUUGAUGUUUGAUCUUGUUAUUGGGUUAAGUGAUGAAGAAAGGGAGUAUCUCUCAAAUAGUCAGAUUUUGCAGCUCGAGAUAAUGAGACAGUGGUAUCGGGAAAGAUCAACUUCAUCUUUUUUGGUAUUGAUUCUCAAGGGUAUAAAAACAAUCGAGGGUUCUAUUUUUGACUGUCCAUUAAUGGAAAAGUACGGCAGUAGCAUAUUUAGGAUCUUGAAUGCCUUGAUUGUGGCCAACACCAAAUUGUUGCUGGAUGAAUUGAUAUCCAAAAUUUCAACAGAAGAUAGUAUACGCUUGCUCAGCACACUAAACAAUGAGAAUUUUACACCAAUUAACAGCCUACAAGACUUAGAAAGAAUUGCAUCAGAAGUGGAUGAGUUUAAUCUUCCUAUCUUCCAACUUCUCUUGAGGGUAUUAACAAUCAAGGAGUUGCUGCCACUUCAGGAAAAUGAGAUUCAAGAACGUUUGAAGGUAUUACUUGAAAGUUUCUUGGAAAACCUUAGUUUUGGAUUCACGCCUAUGAAUUCAUACUUUGGGGAGCUAUUCAUAUACUUACCGUGGGAAUAUGUAGUCUCAAUCUUGGGUAUGUUGGAGGACAAGUUUUUGUGUUCUACGACGUUUAAUUUUGACCAGUGGGACAACGAUAAGAGUGUACUUUCGUUGACCAAUCUGGUUGGUAAUACGAACUUACUACCAGUGUUCAACGAUUAUUUCAAGAAGUUUUCGUCAUCUUCUUCAAAUGUAGUUGAGUCAUCUUCUUCAUUCUUCCAAGCUCUUAGUAAGUUUCUAUCCAAGCUCUUGCUUAUUGUCAAUUCCGACAAUUGUUUAGAGGAUACAUUUGAAGAUACCAGCAGUGCAAUUUCGAUUUUUUUGCGGAUUUUAAUCAUCCACAAGCUUACUUUGACGAGGCUUAUUGUGACUCAAGACGGCGAGCAAUUUCAAUUCAUUAAGAAUUUGAUUCUUUUGAUAAACUCAAAGUUCAUUGCUGAAGGAAACGAGAAGUUGAGGAUCUUGUUGUACGAUUUGCUCUUGUUAAUGAAAUCGUCUGUUACAGAAGAAGUCAGCAAACAGACUGAAAAUGAAUUAUCUGAAGGAACUUCGCCUGGGUUUGGAAUGACGGCUCAGAGUCCCCCACCUGUAGAAGAUGCGAGCAAGAUAACAGAACCUUUGAGUUCGGCUCGUCCGAGUUCAGAAGCAGCAUCUUUUCAAACAAACCCAAUCUCAACAUACGACCAAGUCUCCAGUUUGUUCAAUUUGCCAGAGCCAACCGAAACGAAUCCUUUUAAGGACUAUAUCACAGAAGAUCGUGUUGAGUGUGCGCUUACACUUUCCGAGGAUGAACUUCAGAGUGGAGGAGAUAUACAUGGCUUCAACGAAAGCAACUUGGUUCUCAUUUCUUCAUCAAACGACUCGACGUUCUCCGGGGCGUUUGCUCUUAUAACCAACCCACACCAACGACCCAAGGGCCAACCGUUCAAGUUGCGCAGUUUCGAGAUUCUCGAGGGAACAAGCACAACAUCUUUGAACGACGGAUGUAUUAACUUACAACUCUUUGACUCUUAUACUACGAAAGAAAAUCCUCCAUAAACUAUAUAGAGAAUUUAAAAUUCGGGUGCAAGCUAC